CCUUUGGUGAGAAAGCAAAUUCAGAAUUUGGAACAAGUGAGCCAAAUGCAUUUUCUGCUUUCUGCCCUUGAACAGUGAAACAACACAGUAAACAGCCUGUAUACUUUGUUCAUACACAAUGGAGACAAGAUGAAGCCUUGCUUGCUGAGAUUUUAUUUUUGCAGCUGAAUAGUAUUGGCUCUUACAUUGGAUAUAGUUCUGAAAAGCCGAUUUGGUUGGUGUUAUGAGUUCAGUUUAACAGUGCAAUCUGUCCCAUGCUUUUGUUUUGCAGUCAGCGAAGAUACGGCACCUCCCCACAUUCCUCACCAUUUCUUUACUGCGCUUCAAUUUUGAUUUUACCAAGUGCGAACGUUACAAGGAAACAGGAUGUUACUCCUUUCCAGUCAGGCUGGACAUGCGGCCUUUCUGUGAGCAGGAUAAUCUGCCAGAUUCUGAAUAUGAGUAUGAUCUCUUUUCUGUAAUCAUCCACAAAGGAGGCUGUUAUGGAGGGCAUUACCAUGCAUACAUCAAAGAUAUUGAUCAACUGGGCACCUGGUUUUGUCUAGAUGAGCAGAUGACGGUAGUCAACUUACCAAAAGAUUCAACAAAUCAAGACCACUUGCUGGAAUUGGGGGAUCCUGUAGAAAUCCUGAAAGCUAUUUUAGUACAGAUGGGCGUUGAUGGCGUACUGGUAGAUCAAUUGGGCCAAAAAUUGCUGGAGAAAGUUGGUGUUGCAUGGAACAAAAGAUACCGCAAGCAACAUGGACCUUUAAGGAAGUUUCUGGAGAGUCAUCCUGAUGUGUUUCUGCUCAAAGCAGAUGGAACACGAGUUGCUGUAAAACAGGUUGGCCAUGACUGUUCGGGGCAACAGCCCAACAAAUCCAAAAUCAAGAAAGCACAGGCAGAAAAUUGCAAAGCCAGCACCUCGCAUGCUGACAAGACGGAAACACACUCCAAGAUACCAGCUUCUGAAGUACACUGGUUUGAUUUUGAUGAUACCCAAGUACGGCCUAUCCAAGAGAAAGACAUUGAGAAGCAAUUUGAGGGCAAGGAGUGCGCCUACAUGCUGUUUUAUAGAAAAUCUCAACUACAGCGACCAGCAGAGGCUCGAGGAAAUUCGAGAUACAAAGUUCCUCCUGACUUACUGGAAGAGAUAGCCAACCUGGAUGCCAGUCUUCAAAAACAAAGAUGCUCAGCACCCUGACUCUAAUCUGCCAGCAAUGGCUGAACCUUGCUCUCCUCUUCACCUCUCUGGCUGUUUUGAAGUGAAGCCAGUGGACCAUUGUUGGAAGAGUUUUGAGGACACCACUCAGGUAUAGGAAAGUAUUCUGUGCCCUGUCUGCCCAAAUAUCUGGCCUUUCCAUUCACUGAUCUCUGAUUUUGGGUUUAGCCAAUUGAAGUCUGUAAGUUGUGUCCUGAGGGAUGAAUUCCAAAUUUGGGUUGAACACGAAAGUAUAUAAAACAUUACUUUUCUUCAACACGAAAAGCAAUCAUUAGUACUUAGCAUGUGCCAUGUUUCUGCGAAAGGUAACCCUCACAUUUUGAUUGCCUCAGUCUAAAGGAAGCAUAACAUUUCCUUAAAAAAUGUGUUCAUUUCUCAAUUAAACUUUAGUUUUCCUGACUGGAAGCAGCAUCUACUGACAGUGGAUGUUAAUGUUUCAUUUUAAGUACUGGGAAAUGUUAGAAAUGUUAGGAAGUUAGAGAGAAGUUUUAAGCAAGGUGCGAAGGGGUUUAAGAAAAGAACAAACGGUAAUGUUUGUGCUGGCUGGAUGCAGAAGAGAUUGCAUGACAGAAGAGUUAGUAGUGCGAUGUCAAAGGAAGUGGUAGUGGCAGAAUGGUAAACAGCUAUUGUUCAGAAACAAGCGUAAAAAUAAAAUCUGAAGCAGACCAAGUGAAAUUAUAAAUUCAUUAUAGAGUCUGGAAGGCUGUAAUGUCAGUCAGCAAAGGACAAAAGGGUAACUAGGGAGAGAAUAGGGCCCCUAAAAGAUCAGCAAGGGCACUUAUGUGUGGAACUGCAGGAGAUGGGGAGAGAGGAGAUAUUAAACGAGUAUUUUGCAUCUGUUUACUGUUGGAGAAGGAUAAGGAAGAUAUCGCAUGUUGGAAAAUAAAUAGUGACAUUUUGAAAAAAAAGUUCAUAUCACAGAGGA